AUGCGCCAUCUUCACUCCUUUGCUAUAAUUGUGGAUUUUCUGCACAUGCUCGUUUGGAUGUUGAUGAUGGUGUUGGUCUUAUGGUUUGCUGCGGUGAGGAAGCAAAACGCUGGCGUUGGUAAUGGGGAUGGCGAUGAAAGCACACACCGGCAUGAGCUGGACGUGAAAAGUUGGGCCAUGCUCUUCGCGCACGUCGCCGGCUUCGCGGCCAUCAACUGCUUCGGGGAUCUCCAGCAGUUGUUCUUCUCGGGGAGCCCCAACCAGUCCGAGCUGGUGGUGCCCAUCUCUGCGACGUGUUUGAUCGUAUUGGCGUGGCUGGCAGAGCGUGCUGGCCAAUAUCUCUACAAGGCAGAUUUGAAGGAACACGACGCGUGGUACUUCGAGUUGUGGGAGGAGCAAACGCACGAUGCAGAAAAUGAUAUUGCCGCGCUUUGCUUAUCCUUCUUAACAUGCCAAUCCCUGCGCUACCACACUGGAGGACAUUUGCCCGAUCCGGAGGGCAAUGAACCUCCGGCGACCAGGGCGGAGGUCUUGUUGUUCUGCAGCUUGAUCUUCGCUGUGGCGGCCUCUCUCUCAGUACAGCUGAGCCAUCUGGAGCUGAAAACCUUGCGUCGGCGGCCGCAGCUGAAGCGGGUCUUGGCUAUCUUCAAGCUGAUUUGCUGCAUGUGUUGUGCCUGGUGUGGUUACUUCGGGGGCAAACGUCUCUUCUUCGCCUCCUCCGUUGGAAAUCAUGUGGUCGAGAUGAUUGCGCGUAUUGUCCUUGCCGUCAUCUUCUCCGUGGUGGCCUUUGGAAUGGUCUUGAUGAUGAACAUGGUCGUGGACCAACAAAAGAUGUCCGAAGCGAAGUCGGCUGCGGCGCUGCGGCCCAAAAUGUAUCGAAAGAAGAGCGAAUCCAGGUCAUCCUCCAGGUCACUCAGCUUUGCGGACAACGUGCAGCUCACCUGCCAGAAGUUGGAGCACAGCUUAGUCCUCCAGGGCUCAAAGACCCUGAUCAAGGCCAUGGCCAUUCUGGUCGGCUUCAGCUGGGAACAGGCCUUUGAUUGCUGCGUGGGCAAGACUUGCGAACGGCUGAAGAUCUUGCCGCCGCACAUUGCUGAGGUGGUGCUGGCAGCGCUUUUGGUGGUGGGCCGACGUGAGAUCGAAGCCGCCGAGGCCCAGGGUACUGGCUGCAUCAGUGCUUUGAUCUCGGUGGCCAGCACCGCACUUCGGACUCUCACCCAUAUGCACUGCCUGGCGGUCCUGCAGAGGCUGUCGCUGCGGGGGCGGCUGCAGUCGAAGAUGAUCCGCAUGGGCGCACUGGAUGUGGUCCUGAAAUUGCUGGAGUCCGUCCGUAAGCCUGAGGGAGAUGCACAUACCUGGUGCCGCUUAGGGCCGGGCGAGGGGCCCGAAACGCCGGACUUCUCGAUUGAGUUCACCUCGGCGCUCCUGAUGAACCUCACCUUGCGCUCGGCGGGGCGGAAGCGGUGUGCCGAGUUGGGCGCUUACGCCAUCUUGGUGGGGCUCAUCGAACAUCCCAAUGCACAGGUCCGGACGCACAUCAAUGGGACGCUCUACACGCUGCUGGGUGUCAAGGCCAUUCGAUCCGAAGCCCAGAAGCGAGGCGCCGAGGCGGUGUUCCGAUCCGCGUUGGAGAGGGUGUCGCCCGAGAACGACCUCCUGCAGAGGCAAUUGGAGUUCUUGCUUCACCAGUUGAGCCGCAGCACCAGUGAGGGCGACAGCGACAACGAGGAGUCGGACCCAGAGCCGGAUCCACCAGAGGCAGAGAGUGCAGGCGAUGCGGAUGAUGGGGAUAACUUCUUGGACGAAGAGGAACUCGCAGCCCAUUUCCAUUUGGCCUCCAUCAGCGCCGUGGGCCCAGGCGAUGGCUAUUCACAGGCGGACUUGGACGCCAACACCAAGGCCGCCAUGGCGGAAGCCGCCGCGGCGGAGGAGGCACUGCGGUAUUUCCGGGCGACCGCCGGCCCGGUGGCCGACUCGCAACAGCGCCGGUUCCAUGCCUUCAUUGCCCGCAGCUGUCGGAAUCUCAUGUCGCCCAAGCGUCAGGGGAUCCACUCCUCUGAUCGUCGGCAGAGCUUGAGCUCUCCGCUCUCGCCGCCGCGAUCGGGCAGCUCGCCCGGAGGCCUUAAAGCCGGUCAAGAACUGCCGGUGACGGUGAUCCCCCAAUUCGACGAGGAGGUGAUCUUGGACGCCUCCAGUGACAAGUCGAUCGAUCUGGGGUCCUUGUCACCCAGCAGUGGAUCGGAGCAACCUCACGCCAAGGGCUCAAAGGCAGCCGGCAAAGGAGGCCAUAGCACAAAGGCAGCAGAUCGCGCAGAAAAGGUUGCACCCACGAAUCGACCCGCCCUCGACCGGAAUGUGUCCCCGUCGCAACGCACGCGGCCGGAGUCGCGGCAGCACGUGCCCAAGAGUGAGGUUGGUGAGGUUCCACGUGGAGGACGAGGGAACCGCUCUGUGUCCAACCCACCUGCAGGCAAGGGCCGUGGUCGCGGCGCCGCGGGCGCCGCGCGCGAGAAGGGCGUGACGAAGUCCGCCUCGCUGCCGCCGCUGCCGGAAAACCAGGCAUCUGGCCGUGCCGAGCCCAACCCCUCGACCAGGGCUCGCUCGGAAGCGCCCAAGCGCAGUCAGCAGGCGAAGGCCGCGGCCGCGGCGAUGGAGGUGGCCGCCGCUGUGGGACAGGAGAAAGGCUUCCGUCGCCCGCGGAACGCCUCCAAGAACCCUGGCCACGAGAGGGAUGGAGCUACACCCUUGCCACAGCUGCCCAAACGCCGAUGA